CUUGUCGCAGAGCUUGGGCUGGGCGGCUCGCUGGGGCUCUGGGGGGGGGGCGGCGGUCUGUCGCCGGGCCCCCUCCUCCUCCUCCUCCUCACUCCUCGCGCUCCAGCGUAGCGGCUACCGGAGCGCUGCAGGGGGCUGCGCCUGCCUACUCCGCCCCAGACCUGUCGGCGAAAGGUAGUUUAUGGCAACGUGGCUUCAUUCAUACAGAUGAACCAAGGAUUGGGAUAGCAGUAUAAAAUUAGAAUCAGACAGCUGACUGCUCAGCAGGAUGCCAUCAACUAACAGAGCAGGCAGCCUGAAGGACCCUGAAAUUGCAGAGCUCUUCUUCAAAGAAGAUCCAGAGAAGCUCUUCACAGAUCUCAGAGAAAUUGGCCAUGGAAGCUUUGGAGCAGUGUAUUUUGCACGAGAUGUGCGUACCAAUGAAGUGGUGGCCAUCAAGAAAAUGUCUUAUAGUGGAAAGCAGUCUACUGAGAAAUGGCAGGAUAUUAUUAAGGAAGUGAAGUUUCUACAAAGAAUCAAACAUCCCAACAGUAUAGAAUACAAAGGCUGUUAUUUACGUGAACACACAGCAUGGCUUGUAAUGGAAUAUUGUUUAGGAUCUGCUUCAGACUUACUAGAAGUUCACAAAAAGCCAUUACAAGAAGUGGAAAUAGCAGCAAUUACACAUGGUGCUCUCCAGGGAUUAGCUUACUUACAUUCUCAUACCAUGAUCCAUAGAGAUAUCAAAGCAGGAAAUAUCCUUCUGACAGAACCAGGCCAGGUGAAACUUGCUGACUUUGGAUCUGCUUCCAUGGCAUCUCCUGCCAAUUCCUUUGUGGGAACACCAUAUUGGAUGGCCCCAGAAGUAAUUUUAGCCAUGGAUGAAGGACAGUAUGAUGGCAAGGUAGACGUAUGGUCUCUUGGAAUAACAUGUAUUGAACUAGCGGAAAGGAAGCCUCCUUUAUUUAAUAUGAAUGCAAUGAGUGCCUUAUAUCACAUAGCCCAAAAUGAAUCCCCUACACUACAGUCUAAUGAAUGGUCUGAUUAUUUUCGCAACUUUGUAGAUUCUUGUCUCCAGAAAAUCCCUCAAGAUCGUCCUACAUCAGAGGAACUUUUAAAGCACAUGUUUGUUCUUCGGGAGCGUCCCGAAACAGUGUUAAUAGAUCUCAUUCAAAGGACAAAGGAUGCAGUAAGAGAGCUGGACAAUCUGCAGUAUCGAAAGAUGAAGAAACUCCUUUUCCAGGAGGCACACAACGGACCAGCAGUAGAAGCACAGGAAGAAGAAGAGGAACAAGAUCAUGGUGUUGGCCGGACAGGAACAGUGAAUAGUGUUGGAAGUAAUCAGUCUAUUCCCAGUAUGUCCAUCAGUGCCAGUAGCCAAAGCAGUAGUGUUAACAGUCUUCCAGAUGCCUCAGAUGACAAGAGUGAGCUAGACAUGAUGGAGGGAGAUCACACAGUGAUGUCUAACAGUUCUGUCAUCCAUUUAAAACCUGAGGAAGAAAAUUACAGAGAAGAGGGAGAUCCUAGAACACGAGCAUCAGAUCCACAAUCUCCACCCCAAGUAUCUCGUCACAAAUCACACUAUCGUAAUCGAGAACACUUUGCUACUAUACGAACGGCAUCACUGGUUACAAGGCAAAUGCAAGAACAUGAGCAGGACUCUGAGCUUAGAGAACAAAUGUCUGGCUAUAAGCGAAUGAGGCGACAACAUCAAAAGCAACUGAUGACUCUGGAAAAUAAGCUAAAGGCUGAGAUGGAUGAACACCGCCUCAGAUUAGACAAAGAUCUUGAAACUCAACGUAACAAUUUUGCUGCAGAAAUGGAGAAACUUAUCAAGAAACAUCAGGCUGCUAUGGAAAAAGAGGCUAAAGUGAUGGCCAAUGAGGAGAAAAAAUUUCAGCAACAUAUUCAGGCCCAACAGAAGAAAGAACUAAAUAGCUUUUUGGAGUCACAGAAAAGAGAAUAUAAACUUCGAAAAGAGCAGCUUAAAGAGGAACUGAAUGAAAACCAGAGCACCCCCAAAAAAGAAAAACAGGAGUGGCUUUCAAAGCAGAAGGAGAAUAUACAGCAUUUCCAAGCAGAAGAAGAAGCUAACCUUCUUCGACGUCAGAGACAAUAUCUAGAGCUGGAAUGUCGUCGUUUCAAGAGAAGAAUGUUACUUGGACGUCAUAACUUGGAGCAGGACCUUGUCAGGGAGGAGUUAAAUAAAAGGCAGACUCAGAAGGACUUGGAGCAUGCCAUGCUACUUCGACAGCAUGAAUCCAUGCAAGAACUGGAGUUCCGUCACCUCAACACAAUUCAGAAGAUGCGCUGUGAGUUGAUCAGAUUGCAGCAUCAAACUGAGCUCACUAACCAGCUGGAAUACAAUAAGCGCAGAGAACGAGAACUAAGACGAAAGCAUGUCAUGGAAGUACGACAACAGCCUAAGAGUUUGAAGUCUAAAGAACUCCAAAUAAAAAAGCAGUUUCAGGAUACUUGCAAAAUCCAAACAAGACAGUAUAAAGCAUUAAGGAAUCACCUACUGGAGACUACACCAAAGAGUGAGCACAAAGCUGUUCUGAAACGGCUAAAAGAGGAGCAGACCCGGAAGUUAGCCAUCUUGGCUGAACAGUAUGAUCACAGCAUUAACGAAAUGCUCUCCACACAAGCCCUGCGUUUGGAUGAAGCGCAGGAAGCAGAGUGCCAGGUUUUGAAGAUGCAGCUGCAGCAGGAACUGGAGCUGUUGAAUGCAUAUCAGAGCAAAAUCAAGAUGCAAGCUGAGGCACAACAUGAUCGAGAGCUUCGGGAGCUUGAGCAGAGAGUCUCCCUCCGCAGGGCACUCUUAGAACAAAAGAUUGAAGAAGAGAUGUUGGCUUUGCAGAAUGAACGCACGGAACGAAUACGAAGCCUGCUCGAGCGUCAAGCCAGAGAAAUUGAAGCUUUUGACUCUGAAAGCAUGAGACUAGGUUUUAGUAACAUGGUCCUUUCUAAUCUCUCCCCUGAGGCAUUCAGCCACAGCUACCCGGGAGCUUCUGGUUGGUCUCACAAUCCUACUGGGGGUCCAGGACCUCACUGGGGUCAUCCCAUGGGUGGCCCACCACAAGCUUGGGGCCAUCCAAUGCAAGGUGGACCCCAGCCGUGGGGUCACCCCUCAGGGCCAAUGCAAGGGGUACCUCGAGGUAGCAGUAUGGGAGUCCGCAAUAGCCCCCAGGCUCUAAGGCGGACAGCUUCUGGGGGACGGACAGAGCAGGGCAUGAGCAGAAGCACGAGUGUCACUUCACAAAUAUCCAAUGGGUCACACAUGUCUUAUACAUAACCUAAUAAUUGAGAGUGGCAAUUCCGCUGGAGCUGUCUGCCAAAAGAAACUGCCUACAGACAUCGUCACAGCAGCCUCCUCACUUGGGUACUACAGUGUGGAAGCUGAGUGCAUAUGGUAUAUUUUAUUCAUUUUUGUAAAGCGUUCUGUUUUGUGUUUACUAAUUGGGAUGUCAUAGUAUUUGGCUGCCGGGUUUUUUUUUUUUUUUUAACUUUUGGGGAAAUUUUGAAAAGUGGAAUUGAUAUUAAAAAUAUGCGUGUGUGUGUGUGUGUAUAUAUAUAUACACACACACGCACACAGGCGCAUAUAUAUAUCUUAUGCAUGUGGUAAAAAGAAAUUGGCUAGAUAGGGGGUAUUUUCUGAAUACUGCAAAAAUAAAAUGCAGCAAAGUGGCUUGAGUCAUCACUUUUGAGUGUCUGUAUCCUAAGAAGUUUGUGAAAAAAUCGAAAGCCUUUCUCCAUAUCCCAAAUUCUUAUGAGCCACCCACAGCAGGCAGCAUAUUCUGAAAUAAGUUAUUUUUGGAACACACCUCUGCAUCCUCUCGCUAAUGUGUUUUUUUUUUAUUAAAUUGGUCUGACUUCUCAGCCUCAUUUGAAGUAAAAAAAAAAAAAAAAGAAGAAGAAGAAGAAGAAGAAAUCCAUGAGCACUAAAGGAUUGCAUUGACUUUUUCAGAGGGUAGAAAACAACUCAGUUUUUUUUCCUGAAUGAAUCAUAGGUUUGUCAGUGAUUUUUGUCCAUUCAAUUGUGCCUUCUUUGUGUCACGGUGAGAUGGGGGUGCUUGAGGAGAUCACAAGUUGUGUGGGGAUUGCAUAACAAACCUGUGAGCUUUCAGUGGGGAAAACCAGAAGGGUAAGAGGGGCCCCUGAAAGUUCAUAUGAUGAGUAUAUCCAGCAGCAUAGUGAGGGGAGAUAAAGCCUACAUAUCCUGAUGUUUUGUUGCUUAUACUGUGAUAUCUCAUCCUAGCUAAGCUUUAUAACUCCCAAGACCCCAAACAGUACUUUUACUUUGUACAAAAACAUAGCCAAUACAAAUCAAAUGCCAGAGGUAUUUGAAUGAUGCCAUAUUUGCAAAAUGCCAUCUAUUGAGACUUCUCAUCACACUACAUAGACAUAAUUUGAUUAUCCCCUUUGGCUUAUGGGAUUUCCUGUUUACAAGUAGAAUAGCCAAUUAUUUAAAUGUUUAGUUGCCAUAGUGAACCAGGAGCCACUGAGCCAAUGACUUUACCAGCUGCUGACUAAUCCUCAUCACCACUGUAGAUCUUGCUGCAUGUGCAGGUCCUCUAUUUUUAAUUACUGUUUUUGUUGCUGCAGUACUUUACAAACUUCUAGUUCAUUGAGACUUAGUGACCAUUUGGCAUCAUGUUAACAUCACACAGUAGGAAACACCACUUCCACAAGUCUCAAGCCUCAGUGCUAAAGUACUACUGAAAAGGAACUAGGAAGUUUGGCCAAUUUAAAAAAAAAAAAAAAAAAAAGUAAAAGUAAGUUAUAGUGGUCAGGAAAUCUCUUGACAAAAGCUAACAUUGGGGGGGGGCAUGUUUUGUUUUGUUUUGAUGUUUUGUUUUACAAUGAAGGAUGAACCCAAUGCUAAAAGUCGGAUGUUACUUGUUAUUCCAUUGCUUGUGUGGAAACUGAGUUGGAGGUGGUUGGGGAACUGUGAAUAUGACUUGAAGGAAAAAAAUGUCCUUUUCAGCAACAGAUCAGAGUUUCUUAAAAGUUAUUGUCCUGCUCCCUUCCCAGUUGUCUUGAAGAUCUCUUGCUGCUAACUCUGGAUCCUGCUUUUCAUGUAGUCAGAGGGCUCCAAGGUAGUACUCUCUUAAGUCCCUCUCAACGAUACUCUUCGCCUAGACCAAACUAAUGACCAAAUAGUAAUCUAUCACUAUUGAAGUCUUGGUUUUUUAACCAAAUUUCAAGUCUUCCCCAGGUAUGUUAGUUCAGUCUCCAUGAAUCCCCACCUUUAGGCAUUUCCAACAUUCAUUUGAAGGUAACUGGAAGAAAAUUAAUGUUUUAAUAUAAAUCUUUUAAAAACCAAGAUCACAAUAGAGUUCACACACAAUUUUAGGCAGUGUUUCAAGUAGCACUCUGGUGUAUUGUCCUCUAGGCCAUGCUCCAGAUCACCACUUUUUAGGUAAAUAUGACAUGUACUUGUCAUAUCUAAUGAAGGGGCUUUUAGUCAUCUCAUCUUUUUUGCAUUCAAAUAUUAUACAGUGUUUCAAACAAAUUGAGAAAUCUACCUAUUUGGAGGAAAAUAAGAGAUUUAAGAUUUAAUAAAAUAUCAAUAAUAUAAUGGAAUUUGACACCUUUAAAAAAUUAUUCAUAGAUCUGGCCUCUAUACUACUGGAGGGGUAGAAUAGGGAAGCAGAUCAGUUUUGCAUACAAAACUCCUUAAAACCAGAAAUACUACCAGUGAUACAUUUUUAAAUCCAAUUGUAGACUUAAAUUGAGUUACUGGGUCCAUUCAGAUCAUAUGUACUUAUAAAAGCAUGAUUGAAUACUGACUCCAAAUGUCUAUCCAGUAGGGCUUUGUAUCUAAUUUGUUUGACAACCAGUUUUACAUGUAGGUCAUGAUUAUGCCUGGAUUAUACCAUUAAGUUUAUUUUAAUUAAAAUAUAUAUAGUUUGCAAAAAUGAUUCAAAUUAAUUGGUUUGUGUGUGUUUGUGAGAUCUAGCUUCUGAGGAAUCUCAUACAUAGUCGGAAACAUCACAGAGCAAAAGCUCAUAGUAGGAAAUUCUGAAAGAUUUUGGGAUAUCCUCAAGAAAGAGCAAGCACUUUCUGAAUCAGUGUGCAAAUGUCAAGAUUUGAUCAAGUUAACACUACCUCCUUCCCAGUGUUGCUGUUCACUCAUAUAUGUGUUUAAGGAAAUUAAAAGUAUGGGAAAUUUCUCUAGCAUAUCAGAAGUCAUAAAUGCUAUAUCUGGUAUCCAGAGCCUGGCAGUAAAAAAUUUCUUGUGUUCAAUCUCUUUUGUUUUUUGCAUUUUAAAAAUGCAAAGCCUCAUACCUUGAAAUAUAUUAUUCCGAAUUGGGUUCCCUUCCCUUUGCACGUAUUUUUUUUCUUCCCCUUAUUAAAGUCAGCUCUAACUCCAAAUUAUGGUAUCUGAAAGUAUUUUCAUUAUACAAAUAAUGUUAGUUGAAAAAUGUGUUUAUUAUUUUUAUUCAGAGCUGCCAUUUUAGUAGUCAUUUCUAUACCUGAAGAUAAAGAGUUCUGCAUUUGAAGCCACACCCACACCACAGUUGCAAUAUACUUAGUACUCUAGAUCAAAGAUUUAUUGGUAAACUGAACUUUUUAGCAUAGUCAUUAUGAUUUUUGGCUUCCUAGACAUCAGGUAAACACCAUCCAAUACACUAAAGAAACUGUCCUGGACACUCCCUCCCACUUCCACCAGUUUUUUUCUCAUCCCCUUUUCAAAAAUUGAAAACUCUAUGAGUGUCUUUUUCAGACCAUAAGCCAGACUUCAGUGACUUUCUACUUCUGUAAGUACUAAAUGUCUGGCAUUUUAAACUUUUAUAGAAUACAUUGUGUUGGACACUGGAAUAAUACUAUUUAUUUUCACCUGUGAAAAAUGACUUCAUUUGUACUUGAAACACCUCCUUUGCAUUUCUCCAUUUGUGCCAUUCACUAGUGGAAAUAAAUUGUAUUAUACCAUUAUCUACUGGCUUUUUAAAACUGUGUUAAAUAUGCACAUUUUUGGUAUAGCUAAUAUCAUUUGUAUGUAUAUAUUGUAUAUACAUAUGAGUGUAUAUGUGUGUAUAGAUAGAUGGAUGUAACUCAUAUUGUACAUUUCCAUCAGGGCACUUAAGGUUGUGUUAUUUUUGUUUGGUUUUGUUAUUUCAGUCCUCAGUUAAGGCAAGAAUGCAUGUGUUUCUUAAGAAUGAGUACUCUGGGUUGACAUUUGUGAGAAGGUGGUCAUUAGAUGCAAUCUUUUCCUUUUUAAUCCCCUCUUAGCACUUGUGUGAAUGGAAAGAAAGCUAAGUAAAAUAUGGAAUCGUAAGUUGCAAUGCAGUAAAAUAGUGCUGGGGAGGGAGCCAGUUAGUGUUCCUGUGAGUUUGUGUUGUGAUGCAAUAAAAGAUAAGUGAUGCAGAGAGAAAUGAACCAUGGAAAGUAAGAACACUGGUGGCGAUUCCUCUGCAGAGAUGAUAAAAAGAAUCAAUAAAUCAUACAAUAUAUACUUUCCAUGUGUAUUUCUUAGUAAUGAUGCCAUUGAUCCUCUUACUCUUUUUACUCCAUUAAUACUAAUAAUUAUGUAUUUUGCUGAGGAUCAAAAGAACCAAGAAAGAAAUUACUGCUAAAGCAUCUAAGGUUCUCCUAAACUAUAAAAUCAACAGGAAAUGGCCACUGGGAGAGAAGGAUUUGGUAUUGGUGUGAGGGGCUUUCUCCCUUUAGCUGCCUCUCCUUGCUUGCUAAUAGUAAGUUCUUUGUGCACGUUCCACCCUUUCUGAGCCACUACUAUUCAAGCAGAGAUUUGGCCAAUAACAGCAGCUCUUUCCUUGGAGGUUUAUAUGGUCCUGUGUUUUGUCCCAUGCUCACAAUGUGAAAUGUCCUAUUGUGUACUCAAGUCAGAAGAUAAUAUAUUUAAGGUGUAUAAGUGAAUCUCCUAUAAUGAUGGAAGAAGAGGUUCUUAUUUCUUAAAUAGAAUGCCUUCUCUAAGAGCAAUGUCAAAACUUGGGCUGUCAUCUUUGAGCUGCUUACCAAAAUAUAGACCAUUAUUAAAGAAAGAAAAAUUCUCUAUUUUGUUUUCCCCCAUUUAAUAUGAUAGUUCCCCCAACCAGGUUGUGCCUCUUAAAAGGCACUCACUCACUCUUAGUUAAGAACUGGAAAUCUCCCAUCCUCAGAUUCCUUAAAGGAUGAAAAGUGUGCUGUACACUUCACAGACUUGCCUCUUGUAUGCAAGGACUACUGAUUGAAGUCUGUUUUGCUGUGUCUGGUUAUGUUGUCUGCACUUUUAUGAAAUCACUACAGUAGGUCUACAUUGGAAAUGACUUAAUUUGUAAAGAAGUAAGUUUGUUAAACACUGUCUAGAAAAAGAAAGUGAAGCUGAGAACUCUUAUGCAUUUAUAUUUUCUACUGAAUUCUGGUAGCCCCAUUUAAAGUCAUAUUGAUUAAGUUUUUCCUCCUUGUUUGUAGCCAGAUUUCCAAAAUUUCACUCAUAUGAGGGAAGAGAACCCAUCUGGCUUAAUGGUAGUCUUAUAAGAAAUAUAUGAAUGAUUAUGCACCUUAUCUGCAUGUUGUAGGUUUCUUAAACUUGCACUUCCCAUCCACCCAAAGAUAGAUGAUCUUUAUAAAGAAAAUAAAGGCAGAGAAUUAAAACGGGGAGCCAUUUUCUAUGUCACCGUCACUGUUAACUAUUUCCCAGCAAUCUAAACUUUUUGAAGUUUCAGAGAUUUAUUUGUGUAUGUGUCUGUAUUGUUUUUUUGUUUUGUUUUUAAAUGUACAAGGGGUUCUUCUUUAAAUAGAGAAAAAGGUUAAUCCUCACUGAAACAACAGGAUGCCCACUGGAUAUACUAAUCUGAACAUCUGUAGGUAGAUUGUCAUGAAAAAGUGGAGAGAAGAUUUCUGAAUGAAUGAAAAAGGGUAUCUUGAUGCCCAAGAAUUCCCCCCAAAGUACGGGUAAUUCAACCUGCACAGUUUUCUUUCACUCAUAGUUUUUAGCAGUUGUGAGUGAAAAAUCAUGUAAUUAUCUGUAAAUAUGUAGCUAACAAAUUGACCUAGUUUCUGUAUUUUUUUGUUUUUGUACUAAAGUUUAUAGGUCUGUGCCAGCUAGCAAGGAGUUGCUGUCAUUGCAAGUUGUGGUCCUAGCAUCUAACCCUGAAACCAUCCUAGGUGACAUUUUUAGAAUUAAUGCUUAAAUGUUGUUAAACAGGGGGAAAUGAAGCUUAAUCAUUGAUCAGGUUUGAAAUCUUUUGAAGUGAAAUAAUUUUAUUUAAUAUAAAUGAUCACAUGUCCUCAAAUGAGGUAGGGAGCCUCCCUCCCCCAGUGGCCAUGUUUACAGAAGUGUGUUUUGUCUUAAAGUGCAAGUGUUUUAAUGUUUAUGUAAAUUAUGCAGGUGAUAACAUGGUUUGGAACUGUUUAUUGGGCUCUUUAACUGAAUUUUCAAAUGAAAUGAACUGUACUUAUUGCAGGCACAUCGAUCCCAUUUCUGGAACAUUUUUCCUAUUUCCAGAACCACAUAUGUUCCUUUGUCAUUACCCCCACUUAACCUCCCUUUCUCUGAUAUGCCUUGUAGCCAAAGUAUUAAAGACUGGUAAACAUAGAUGAGGGAAAUGCAUUUCUUAGAAACUCAUGAACCCUCAAUUGUGUGCUUUCAGUACUUGUGUUAUAUGUUUCUAUGGCAACUCUGAGGUCAGUGGUUUAGAAAUGAGAUACCAGUGUUAAUGAAAAGUGUGUACUCUUUGCUUUUGCAUGGCUUGGCUUAGUAUCCAAGGUAUAUUAGGGCCACUUGAAAGCAUGAAGACCAGUUAUAUGGGAACAGGUUUCUCUCAGUGGCACAUUUUGCUUUUUUGAGCCCCAAAUACAUUACCUAGGCAUGAACAUUAUUGUUAGUAUAAAUUGCACAUGGUCAUGAAGUGAAUUAUGUGAUUUAAAAGGAUAUAACUGCCUAACAUUUGCAGAUUCUGGCUGGUCUGUGUAACCAUUUGACACAUAUCCAAAAACCUAGGGGAUAUUGGAACCCUUCUAACCCUUUUUUUCUUCAAUCAUAGACAAGUAUAUAUAUAUAGUUUAUUAAGAUAUUGGCUGCCUCUGGUGUAUUGCCAGACAGCUGUCUUUUGGUGUCCAUUCUAAAUGUGGUGUUGUCCUUUCUUGCAUUUCAUACUAUCAAAGAAACCACCACCCCUUCAUCCUAACAGCAUUUUAUACCUUUUAUUCCACAUUAAAUGGGAAUUGUGCCUACUUAGAGUGCCCCUCCAAUGAACGUGUCCCAAAAAUCCAAGCCAGACACGUAAGGUGGGAAAACAUUUAUUUUUAAAAAGUCCACUUAAGGCCAGUAAUUUAUCUGAAAAGGUAUUUUACCAUUAUCUUGAUACUUGAUAUAUCAGCCUGUUAGGAGUUGCAGGUGGUUUCAUAGGGUAAAACCCAAGUGAAGAGAGGGAUGUGUGGGGGUCCUCUUAGGAGAUAAUCUUACUUUACCUUUCCUUUUAUGGUCUUUUUUUGCUAGAACAGGUUAAUUCUCCAAAUUUGUUUUGUUUUUUAUUUUUUAGGGAAAUUUUUACAAAAGCAAUGGUCUGAUGUAAAUAACAUUUUAAAGUAUAGUGCACAUAACGUCCCCAGACUGUUCCAACCUGAUAAUUUGUAAAUGCUUUAGAGUUUUUAAAAUUAACACUUGUGUUGCUAAAUCCUAUUUAUGUAAGUCUGCUAAAAUUUUUAACCCAACUUAAGACAAACAUUUAAAUAAUGGAUGGGUUACUAUGAGCAAUUUAGCUUUCAGAACCCGCUUGUUUUAGUAUAUGAAAAAGCCUAAUGCGCAUUAAUGAGGUUGGAGAGACUAUUGAGAAAUAUGUAUAGUGUAUAUUUUAAAACAGCUUUGCUUGUAUUGUGAAGAUUUAAAAACAAACUUGAGAUUUUUUAACGUAACUAUUAACACAGUUUUAACAUAAGUUAUCCCACUGGGUUUAAGAGCAUCUUGAAUGUAUAAUCCUUUUUGUAACCCAGAUUGGUUUCUGCUUUUACCAGUCACCCAAACAUAUUAUUUAUGUUUUUAGUUUUAUGUACUCAUUUCUCUUUGUUUUCCUCAAACAGCAUGAUUUUUUUGCACAUGUAGAAAUUUUUUAAAAGAAAGAAAUUAAUACAUCAUCUUCUCUGGAUUUUCUUCACUUCUCUCUUUCUUUCUACUAACCCCUUCCUUUAAAGACCAUAUCACUCCAUUUGCAUUAUUUGUGCAAAUGCCAGGGUUGGUUUUUAUUUUUAUUUUUGCUAUUUACCUAAAAAAAAAAAAGAAAAUGCUUCAGUCAAUUGCUUUUUUAUUUAAAAAAAAAAAAAAAAGAAAAGAAAAAAAGCUGUAACCUUAUCAUUUCUGAGUAGACCAUUGAGAGAUGAAUGCACACCUGUAAUAGCCCAGGACCAGCUUUGGUGGCUAAAGGGAAUAUCUUAACUAAGCUAGAGGUUCUUUUCCAAAAGUGGUAUAUAUUAUCCACAGUCUAUUUCAGUUAUUCCCACAAGUCGGGGUCCAGAUAAAAUGAGGGUUAUCAGCUAACUGAUACGUUAUCAUUGAGGUUCAUCAAUGAAUUUGUACAUUUCUAGUUCCCUUUGGUGAAGGGAAAAAUGAUGAUUUUGCAAGACCUAGAUUUUGGCUUGGUUUCUUGCCUCCUUUUUUGGCAGCCUUCAUCUUCUCAUCUCCCAAAGCCCUUGAGCCUGUAGGGUUUUCAUAGUGGACAAAGGACUUGUGGUCUUUUAAAACUGGGACUGAUUUUUGGGUGAGAGAGUAUCAUGUUGAAAGUGUGGUGUUCUACCACUUUACUAAUGACUAAUUUUAAAUACACACUGUCCUCUCAAUUUUCGGACCAAACAGACACCCACAGUGGAGGCUUAUCAAGGGUUGCAAUGGGAAAGAGGCCUCUCCCUCACUGUCAGCACCAGCUGGUAAAGGUGACUGUACAGAUGUGCAUUUUCCUUUUGGUAGAAAUGGUCCACAGCACUAACUGGUAAGGCUUAUUGUACAGUAUAUCGUCAGUAUUCUUCUGGUUCAGCAUACCUUAUAGUUCAUAUAUAACCUGUAUUAAUUGUAUAGAUUGUGCAUUUAAAGCUGUUACCAAGUUGUCAGAACAUAAGAGCGAAAACAAGGUCAUAUGUAAUAUUUUGUUUGUAAGUAUCCUUUGUAUCAUAGCAAAGGAAAUGUUUAAAAAAAUCAACUGUAAUAAAGUAAUUUUAGUACACA